AUGACCGCCGUAGCGAGCCCCCCUACCUUCCAGCAACACAACCGGCCGGCAUGGGGCAUUAACGGCAGUCACACUGGCCAGAGUUUGAACCCGAUGAACCCUGAAGAACUGAACCGAAUGUUCAUGCCACGCAAGAGCCUGCAGCGCAACAACUCAUCCUCUUCGAUAUCCUCGACUUCCUCGGCUUCGUCCACCGCCACCGUCGCUUCCUCCCCGAACCCGCAUCCUCAGCCAAAUGGCGUCCCCAUGCCAGCAGGUGGCGAUCUAAGCUCGUGGCAGAAUGGUAACCGGAAACGACCCCAAGGCAAGGCUCCGUGGCCCUCCCCGAAACCAGACCAGCAGCCCGAUUUCGGCAGGAUGGCGGCUGGACGACCCCAGAUGAUCGGAGGGCUGAAUGGAUCCGGCGUCAUACACCAAGGCCCCGCGCCCAUACUGCAGUCUCAGGUACAAAUAACGAGUCAGCAGGGCAUGCCUCGCCCCAUGCCCGAGUCCUUACCUCCGGGCGGCCAACCAGUUCUUUAUCUGUUGUCCCUCAACAGCACCUUCGAGCGCAAGACGAUAUCUGUUCCCUUCUCUCCUGACACCCUUAGGAUCGGUCGUCAGACGAAUGCAAAAACAGUACCCACUCCCAUCAAUGGCUUCUUCGACUCCAAGGUCCUGUCGCGUCAACACGCCGAGAUCUGGGCUGAUAGGCAGGGCAAGAUAUGGAUACGAGACGUCAAGUCCUCCAAUGGAACCUUUGUUAACGGCACGCGCCUAUCCCAGGAGAACCGCGAGUCGGAGCCUCACGAGUUGCAAACAGGCGACCAUCUGGAGCUUGGCAUUGACAUUGUCAGCGAGGAUCAGAAGACCGUAGUUCACCACAAGGUAGCAGCCAAGGUGGAACAUGCCGGAUUUCUCAAUAACUCGGGAAACUUGCUCGACAUGAACUUUGGUGAUCUAGACCCGUCCAAUGGGUCGAUGAUGAUGCCACCGCCGGGAGGUAUACCGUAUAGAGGGCGAAAUGGCAGCAACGCGUCCAUGGCAAGCAAUGGGGGACGAAUGAUGACUGGCGGCGGCAUGAUGGGUGCACAAGCAAACAUCAUGGUUCACCAAAGAGGAUUCUUCUUCUCACCUAUCAGCACUGAACAGAUCGUGAAGAAACUUCAGAGCGAGAUGCGCACCGCCCAUUUACAGUCGCAAGAUCUCAGUCGGACUGGGCAAUUCAUUGGGGCCCUUUUGUCCAAGGAUGACAUCAAAGACAUGGAAAAGCCUGAACCACUUGCCGAGCCACCGAAACCUCAGUUAGCGAAUGGCAAUGGAGUUUCUUUCAGAACGGACAGCAAGACACGAUUCUCUGACCCUCCUGCACCUCCGCCCCAGCAACCUCUCCCUGAGAAGCCUGACGUCCCCUCUCUAAAGCGUGGGAUAACAGAGCGACCCAAGUCGCACCCCCUGAAUUUGAACGUGUCCCCGAUUCGUCAGGACGGAAAUGUCAGUCAAAUAUUGCAACUAACCGAGGCCCUGAACAGCGCGAAGAAGGAAAUAGAGACACAGACAUCUCGUAUGCGAGAUCUGGAAGAUAUGUUACAGAAGGAGCGCCAUGCUAGAGAGCUUGCCGAGGAGCAAGCGAAAAGAUUGGAGGAUGCGGCUGCGUCACAGUUGAAUGGUAUCGCGGCCACAUCGGAAGGAGAAGGCUUGGCCUUGGUGGAGGCUUUCAAGCCACCGACAGACAGCCCUACAUCUCCUGAAGAUGACACACCAACGAGUGAUGUUGGCAAGGGCCCCCCACCUCCGUCACCGCCACCGCAAUUCGAGAACAUCGAAGCGUCAGCAACCACCUUGCACUCGCAACUGGAGUCGAUGGUCCUGGAGAUCAAGGAUCUGAAACAACAGCUAGAAGGGUUCAAGCAACACGCACAAACUUUCCAGCAACGCGCAGAAACCGCAGAGGCCGAGAGAGAUGCAGACCGCAAAACUUUGGCGGAUAUGGCGCUGCAAAUUCGCAAGGAUGCCGAGGCUAGAGAUGCUCUUAUAGCCGCAGCGCAUGGGAAGUCAGGCUCCCGAUCCAACUCUCUUGCAUUUCGGACACUGGGUGAUGCGAGCGAAACAUCGGAAGAACCUGCGACAUCUGUGGGAACUCCGUCCACGAGUUCCAGCGGCGGACGAGUGUCGCCGGGAGUGUCGAAUGAUGAUGCGCCGACGCUGUCAAGGGCCAACACGAUAACGCCGCAAUCCGGUCCGUCGGCCAUGACAGACAAGUUUGCACGGGACCAAGCCCUGGCUCAUGGGGUACCAUACGCUUCAAUUCUUGGCGUGGUAUUGAUCGGCAUGGGAUUGAUGGCGUACAUCAAUGGCUGGCAACCGCAACCUGCGCGCAUGGAUCUGUGA